UUGUUUUACUUUGUCCCUUUUCUUUCAUUCAUAUAUGCAACCAAGAGGCGCAUUAAACCGCUUGGUGCUGGCUCACGUCACGAUCAAAAUGUGAAAUCAAAUCCCAGCAAACGCCACCGAGAACGUCUGAAUUCCGAGCUGGAACACCUGGCCAGCCUGCUCCCAUUUGAACAGAAUGUUAUCGUUAAACUGGACAAGCUAUCCAUCCUGCGGUUAGCCGUAUCCUAUCUCCGAAUGAAAUGUUACUUCCAAUGUGAGUUUGUUGCUACUGUUUGA